AUGGCGUCUCGUCCUGAAUCUGCGUACAGACGAAAGAUCCCGAAAGAUCAUCUCUCCUGUUGCAUCUGCAGCGAGCCUUACACAAGGUCUAAGGCACUGCCAUGUCAGCACAGCUACUGCCAGGAGUGUUUAGAAAACCAACAGAGGGUAUCAACAGGAAGGUCGCUCAGAUGCUCAGUGUGCCGCCAUCUUGUAACUUUGCCCUCUGAGGGAGUGGCAGGGCUUCCUAACAACCAUGAUCUGGCCAACCUGUGUGAGGAAUUGUCCAAGAAGAACAGGUGUGGCUUCCACCCAACAAAAGAUGUAGAUCUAUUUUGCCAGCAGUGCGAGGUGCCAGUUUGUAGUGAAUGUAUCGGGGAUGGCCACCCUGGGCACAACGUCACAGGUAUUAAACAGGUAGCAGAACAGAUAAAAGCCAACAUCAGGGCACAGCUCAACAGUGGACAACAGAAGAUGGAAACCUUCUCAGCAUUCCUCACAAAGAUUGAAGAUGUACAGAAAAGGCUGACAGACAACAAAACACAAACUCAACAAGAGAUAAACAAAGCUUUUGAUGAACAGUUCAACACCAGAAUCCAGGCGUUCACAAUGGAUGGUGUUUAUAUCAGAGAGUUCACAACAACUCUGCCAGGGGAAACUGGUGAAAAGUUAAAACCACAUGAUGUUGCUGUAUAUCUGGUAUCUGACAUCAAUAAUCACUGUGUCCAUGUCUUGGACAGAGAGGGGAACUUCAAGUUCAAGUUUGGGAGUGAGGGAUCUGAUGACAGUCAGUUGAAGAAACCUCAGGGCAUUUGUGUUGGUGGGAUGGGAAACAUCAUUGUGGCCGACAGAGGAAAUGAUUGUGUGAAAAUGUUUGACAGUCAGGGCAGAUUUCUGUGUUACAUUGGAAGUGGUAUGAAGAGUCCCUGGGCUGUUGCUGUGUCACCAGGUGGAGAUGUGGUGGUGACAGAUUAUGAGAACACUGUAUCAGUCUGGACACAGGGUUAG